UAAAAGUCGAAGUUGAAAGAAAAAGCGCCGUGAACUCGCCGCAUGCUGCAACCGGCAACUCACAACGCUUCUUGAGCGUUAUCAGUUGUUUUUAUUUUUUCUCUCGAUUUGGUUAUUCGGAAAUUCGGAAUUGAGUUCGAUUUCAUAAAUAAUAAUUAAUAUUAUUUCAUCAUUUCAUUUCGAUUUUACCAAUUAUUCUGAUCGUAGUGUGGUAAACAUUCGAUGAUUCAGCGUUCUGUGAUUCUAAAAAUUGUGACUUAAUUCGUUGAAAAUUCUCCGGUCAAGUAUUCCAUGUAAGCUCCAGAUUUCUGUAUCUACCAAGUAAAGUAAACUGUAAUUUCUUCAUUAAAUCUAAUGAUCGAAAAUGCACCGUAACUUCGCUCCCUUGCUACCGCACACGUAAACAUACUCGAUCUUCCAUCUGUAUCAUCACCACCAUCAACCACCAUGGAUCUUUUAUACGCCAUCUCUCGUAAAUAUGUCGGUAAAGCUCAAUUCUACAACGACUUCAUGGACGUAGACGAAGAAGUCAAAGGUCUGACACGAAUCUCUCAGUCGAAUAUCGUCGCAUGGGUCACCAAAUACGAGCUAAACGAUGCCUCCGAUUUGAGCCUCGGUUCUCGAGUAUACGUCGCUGAUCUAAACAUGCCUUGGAAUUUUCACAAAAUCACCACGCAGGAAAACAUGGUCACAUUACUCGAAUGGGAUCUAUGUGGGGAGAAUUUACUAAUCGGCGAUGAUUCCGGUACCGUUACGAUAUGGUCGUAUCGAGAUUACAUUUUCAACGAUUGGAGCUGCGUAGGCAGUGUGAAUUUACUCGGGGAGAAUAUGAUAGGGGGUAUUUUCUUCCACACCGGUCGUAAAAUUGUACUGAAUCCAAAUCCGGAGAAAAAGAAUAGCGAGCAUUAUUUCGAGAAGUUUUGUAACGCGAGAUACAUGCCUACGGUUAAAUUAUUAGGUGGGUCAGCUUUGGAUGGGUGUCUGGUAGUUACAUCAACCGGAUUAGUUGUAGCUUGUUUGAUGAUAGGAGACGCAGCCACUCCUAUGGUCACGUUAACCGAUAGUAUAUCUUCGGUUAGGUAUAAAAUCUCGGUGCUGGAUAUCGCCUAUAGUAAACAUGGUACUUUGAUCGUGGCUACGAGCUGCGGCAGCUUAAAAAUGCCUAUAAAAUGUUACGAAGUAUGCAUCAAGUAUACGAAUAAGAAAACGUAUUCGAUGACUUGCCAACCGCUGCCUGGCUUUUUCCUCGAUACGUCUAAAAUUGAAACGAGUUCGCAGAAUUGGACCAUAUCGCAUUUGAAAUUCGUCACUAAAGAUAGCCCAGCGAGUUUAAUAAUCGCUGCUACCAACGGUACGACGAGCACGAUCCAAGUGUACGAUGUUCUGGCCGAAAAAGAUCAAUCGAAUCAGAUGUUCUGCGAAUCGAUGAUCACCAAUGAUCCGGCUAAACCGUUGAGUUGGGACUGUAAAGCGAGUAUAUCGACCGAAAGUCCGAUCGUAUCGAUAAGUACGCCGAAGAGCUCUCUUACCUGUAUACCUGGGGCACCUUGUAAUAUCAUGUUAGCUUUCAAGAAUAACAGAGUUCGAAUAUUUUCUAGAUCGUUGAAAGAUGAAAUGUGUUAUAACCUGGAUUACUAUUGGGAUACCAAAGACGCUAGAAAAGUAUUUAAUAAUUUAUGUAUCGCCGACGUAGAUACCUCGAUGAUGGGUAACGUAGUCGUAGUACUCGAUAACGUUGGUAAUUUCUACGUUCUUCAGAUCCAGCACGUAUCCGACCAUAAUAUCCAGUCAGCUGUUUCGUACGCUGUUACUCAACUCGAAUAUUGCCUCAUCUCCGGCUACGAUUUCUGGGACGUUGCCGUUUCGCUCAAACAACACAUUCUGGAGAAAGUCUGCGAAGCGUUUAGCGAAUCUUUCAAUAAACAAUCUGCCGCCGUGCAGCAGCUCGAAUACGGAGGGUUUCUCAGCAUGAAAGCGUUCCUAUACCGACUCUCGAGUAACACGUCUCAGAAACACAACGAUCUCGUAUUUCUGUUAACUUUGCAUUCGAUAUCGGUAGCUUUCAAAUCACUACUCAGACCCAACGAACUCACCAAUUCCGAUAAAGCUCCGGGUGAAAGUUUAUCGGCUGUUUUAUCCGAGUCUUCGAUUAUCGACAUGAAUACCAUAAUCGUUAACAUCGAUCCUAAAGAAUUCACCAUCGAACCGAGUAAUAUCCAGUCGAUGCAACAGCUCAUCCAGUGGGUGGCACAUUUAGCUCUGAAUAUCCUCGCUCGUAUCCCAGAUCACCAUAAGACAUCUUCGGGUUACGACAUCGUCGCAGAUAAUAACGCUUUAAAUAUCCUCAGAGAGGUACUGGUCAUCGUACGAUUUUGGGGCUUCCUCAGACAAUCUUGUUUGCCAGUUUUUGUUCGAAAUGUUGGCAAUUUCGAUGGACUAUCUACGCUUUUCAGACUUAUUUCGCGGCUAAUCCAGUGCAAUCAGAAUAACGAAAUGGAUGAAACGUUCAUCGAAGAAUGCUACCUGCUCCAAAACCAAGUUCUUAUUCCGACCAUCGCUUCUACGCCGACUGAGAUUUGCGACGUGGCUUCGCCCGCCUUUCAUCGUCAAGCUUUACCACUUCAGUUUACUUUUGGUCUGGAACCAGAUACGAUUACUUAUGAAAUGGAUACAUUUGCGUUGGAUGGUACCUCGAACGUGUCUCAAAAUUGCGAUAUAAUCAGACACGUGUAUUUAGGCGAUAGUAAUCCUCAUAAGGUAAAGCAAUGUAACCGGUGUCAAGGCAAGACGCAGAUUGUUAAUGUGGGUAAAAGCGUAGCUAUUAGGUCGUGGGAAAAUAGAUGGAUUAGAUCGUGUUUGUGCGGUGGCAAGUGGAGAUUCAUUAAAUCGGUCAAGUGUCCGUAUGGUUCCGUCAAUUCCAGGAGUAUUUAAUUGAUGCGAUGUCUUCUAUUUUGAGAAAUAUUCAGUUCCGUGUUAUUGAUGCGGUCAACGAAAAUAUCGAUUUCAAUGACGCUGGUCACCAACGGAAAGUCCACUCAUUAUUAAUUCAAGGAUCCUCGGAUCUUCUCAGCUAAGUUCGUCGAUUGAUUGUUGGGUCUCCACUCUCCACAGUGAUCAAUCUGUUUUCUUGUGAUGGCGGUUGGAGUUGAGAGUUAAUAUUAUGAUUCUUUUUGGUGUUUUUUUUUUACGCCCAUCCGUAUGAAUACUUUAUAAAUAGAUCUCACGUGUAAAUUUCUUUCGUAAGAUGUAUUUAUAAUAAUGGUACGUACAUUGAUACCCAUUCGUUUAUUAAAAUAUGAUGUUUUGUUGCAA